GUUGUUCGAUGGGUUGACAACUGCCCUACAUCAAGCUGUAGAACUGCCACUUUGGUUUGUCUUGUGCUGAGCGCGUAUCUGGAGUCAAGAACUGGCAAAUCACAAGAGCCAGCUGCCUUGAUCACUCGUUUGCGAUCCGCAGUCGCCCACGAUGUGCGAUAAUAAGCGGUGAAAAAUUGCCUCCCUUUUGGCACCUGAGUCCGAGCGUGAAGCUAGACUAACUAUCGUCAAAGUAAAACAUUUCCUUUUGCUCCUUAUCUCUUAUCGUCUUCUCCGUUUCCCCACGUCUGUUCACAUCUCUCUCCGGUCUUCCCCGCAAAGCGUGUUGUUUCCUUCAUCAGCAAAGUCGAUGAGCGUCAGUCUUUCGGGCCCUCGUAGGCUCCCUUCAAGCAGUCUCCCACCCGCACGAUCGCUACCUACCGCUACUGAGGAGCGAAUCAUAUCCUCGCUCAGGGACCUUCAAGCACUGUACUGCCCCCUGCGUUUACCCGCUACUCUACCAAAAAAGGUCCGGAAAAAAGGUAUCGACAUCCCUGCUGCUGCAACACCUAUCCCCGUCGACUCGGGCUACGCAUCCCAGGACGAAGAGGAAGAUGAUGACGCCGCGCUUGAAGAGGUGACGGCAGGCAUACGCGCCGACCCCUUUGAGCGAAGCUUUGUAACGCGAUGGCUUACAUGUUUGAUUGGGAGAGUGGAGGAGAUGGCUUUCGACGACGACGUCAAGGGAAAGAUAGUAGACGACGCAGCCUUCAUCCUCUCAUCCUUCUCCGACUCCAGCACCACCGAGGAAGAACAGGCACUAACCCGUGACUUUACUUUCUCCCUCCCCGCACGUCACGGGGGUGAAGUAAAAGUCACGCUCAACGACGCCCCGCUCUCGACCACGGACCACACCGACGUCGGCCUGCAGAGUUGGGGCGCAAGCAUCGUCCUCAGCAGCAUGAUGUGCGCCGACCCCUCUGCAUUCGACCUCGCUCCCCUGGGAACCGGAGCAACCACAGUCCUUGAACUCGGCGCUGGAACUGGCCUUGUUAGCCUGACGCUCGCCAAACUGCUCCCGGCUAUGGCCAUCGAUGCGCACAUAACAGCAACGGACUACCACCCCACGGUUCUGCAAAACUGCGCCGUAAACAUAGCGACAAACUUCCCCUCCCACGCCGCAGAUGCACGCGACAUGCCCGUCGCAACAGCACUCCUCGACUGGUCAUCUCCCCCGCCGCACCUGCGCUCAUCAGUCCACCUCCUCAUCGCCUCGGACGUUGUGUACGCGCCCGAACACGCGUCCUGGCUGCGGGACUGCGCCGCGCACUUGCUAACCCCUGAGGGUGUCUUCUGGCUCAUGGUUACUGUGAGGGAGAAUGGGAAGUUCGAAGGUAUCCCGGAGACAGUCGAGCAUGCUUUUGUGGCGGACAAGUGUCCUCGGGAUGUGGCGGGGCGGCGUUUCGGCAUCUUGGGGAGGCAGAGCGUGGAGAAGCGGAGGGGGAUUGGGAGGGGGGACGAGAGGGGGUAUGUGUUGUAUCGUAUUGGGUGGGCGGGGGUGUGA